AAAUUGAAUCAAUAUUUUUGUCUCUUUUUUUUAACCGAUUUAAUUUGAUUGACUAAUUGUUAUUAAUUGUCAAUAUUAACGAAGCUUUUUCUCUACAAUCUAUUGUUUAAUUAACUUGUAGCUUUUUUUGUUUAGUUUUUCUUGUUCCUGUUGUAAAUUAAAUAGCAAAUUAUGGAUGAUUCAGAUGGAGAUUCUCAUGGGAAGAAAAUGUUUACUUCCAAAAGUGGUCCUGGUGGCGGCGGUGGUCAUGUUAAUAAGAUUCAAAAAGUGAUGGUACAACCAAUUAAUCUGAUUUUCCGUUACCUACAGAAUCGUGCUCGUAUUCAAGUUUGGUUAAAUGAGAAUGUUAAUCUACGAAUUGAAGGACAUAUCAUUGGUUUCGAUGAAUAUAUGAACCUUGUCUUGGAUGAUGCCGAAGAAGUUUAUACAAAGACACAGACAAAGAAAUCGAUUGGUCGAAUAUUGUUAAAGGGUGAAAAUAUUACCCUAAUCAUGAAAACUCAAGAAUGAUUAUAAUUUAAACCAAAAGAAAGAGAGACAACAAACAACCAAAUCGCCAGAUUAAAACGAAAUUUUCAUUUUUUAUAUCAUGAGAAUUUUUUUUAAAAAAAACAAAGUUAAGAUCCAAUUGUGUGUGUGUGUAUGUGAAUGUGUAUUGAAAAAAGGGAUAAGAGUGAGGCUCGAAUUUGCUUCAAUAAAUAAUCGUUUGCAUUGAACAAUUUAAA